GCUUUCUAGAAUGACGCGAGAUUUCUCGAGAUAUGAAAGUUUCCGGUCGAAAAAAAGUCCCAAAAUAAAAAUAAAAAAAUAUUAGUUUUCAUUUAGAAUCCAUAAAGGUCAAUUUUGGUUUCUUUUUUUAAUCAAAGGAAAGUUACAAGUAAGCAAUGUGAGGAAAGUUAUAUGGAGAACAAUGUUAGUGAUUAACUUUGAUGACAGUUGAACUGGUGAAGUGAGACAUAAUGGCAACAGCUGAGACAAGACGGAAGGAGGAUGAAGCCAGAAAUCAGGAUGCAAGUCCUGGUCAGCGACAAAGUCGUUCACGGCGGAGCACACGGCAGCUUGAUUUCUUUCAAGCAAUGUCAGAUUUUAAGAACAUGUUUCCAACACUGGACGAUGAGGUUAUCGAGGCAGUGCUGAGAGCAAAUGAUGGUGCUGUUGAUGCAACGAUUGAUCAGUUGCUCACCAUGACAAUUGAUGAGGACAUGAGUACUGUGAAGGAGGAAGCAGCAGGUGCAGAAUUCAACAUGCCACAGAUCCCAAGUUAUGAGGAUCAUAGUCUGGUGGCUGCUGGUGGUAGUGAGGAUUCUCCCCCAUCUUACUCAGAGGCAAUGAGAACUCCAGGCCCUACAGACCAAACACAGAGCAUUUGGACCACCCCUAUAGGUCAACCUAAACUUCCCAGUCGUAAUCAGUUAAAACUUGAGGUAGAUUCUCACCCUGAACCACUAGGAGCAAUGGCUAGAUUAAGCCCGGCUGGUCUGCCAAAUAGUGCUGGUCAAGGGAUUGGAUUUUCACCUGUCAUGGAGAGCAGUAGUUUCAGUGUUCAUAGGACAAAUAGUUGUGAUAAUCAAACCACUUCACUGAAGAGAGAAUUCAGGAACUGGAAUCCUCCAAUGUUGGGUAAUUUACCGGAUGACUUCUUAAGACUUAUGUUACCUGAUUCUAAAUCUGGAGUAGCUAGUGCCAAAUCUGAUAUUGACAGAACUGCUAACUUGUCAGCUACCCCUGUCAAUGUUAUGUCGUUGACAGACGCUCGGCCAAAAAUACACAAAGGUCGAAGCAAAUCAGAAAAGUUUUCACGUUCAUUGAGUAUGGGUACCAAAGAUACAAAAGAUAAGGAAAGUAAAUCUAAAAGCGCAGAGAAGAAGAAUAAAUCAUCAGAAAAGAUAUCGAGGUCAUUUAGUAUGGUGGAUGGGGGACAGAAGUCAUCUGGUGCCCGGCAUAAAGAUAGACUUUCUUCAUCUCAGUCUAGGAACCAUUCUGUGAUAAUAGAAACACAUGACUUCAGUAAGGACAUGUUACAAGAGCGUAUGAAGGAGAAUGAGAGACAGAGACAGCGUACAUCGGCAGAUAUUGACCCAGAGAUGGCCCGAUAUCUCGAGGAUGAACGUCUAGCUCUAGCAUUACAAAAUAGUGAAUUUCUACAGGAGUUAAGAAGUAACGAUGACUUUAUGAAGACUCUAGAAAAGGAGAGAGUGAAUGAAAAGAGGAAAGAUUGCAAUACAUCAGUUACGGUUACACCCCCAGUUUUAAGACCUUCUGAUGACAUACAUGAAGGUUAUGGUGAUGACAGUGAUAAAACUUUAGAUGCGUUCCCAUUUAGUCAGCCUAUACCUAAAGAUAAAGAUGAUGAUGCUGAACUACGCAGACAACUCACUGGAAUGGGCAAAGCAUCAAAGAAACAGUUGGCAUCAUUAGCACGAAAAUUCUUCAAGAGAAAGAAGAAAAACUCUAAACAAAUACUCGAUGGUAAGCUUGCUCCAUCAAUGAUGAAUCUUCUAGAAGAUGAGGAUGAAGAAGAAGAAGAUGACUUUCAUGUUGACGAUCGCUAUGGUAACAGUCCUACUGAAAUAGAGCCAUUGCCUUCAACUCUGAUAGGUGUACCCAGUCACAGGACGGUACAGAGACCAGCUUACAGACCUGAUGGUGUUACUACUUACUUUGACAACAAAAAUGUUGAUAUGGUGUAGUUUAAAUAGAGAUUCAUACAAUUAUUGUGUACAGGUAACAGAAAUGGGCAGGCUAAAUGUACUACAUGACAAUGGACAAAGUUUCAUUUUGAAUAUAUUUACAAGUUUUUGUAUAGUAAGAUAAUUUUUUAAAUAAAUAUUAAAAAAGAUAUUAAUAUGAUGCUCUAGAUGAGUUUGGGUAUGUGUUGUAUUAUUACCUUCAUAUUCAUGCUCAUACUGUUGAUAAUUAUUUUGGCACUACCUGCACUGUUAUCUUACCAAUUAUGUAGUGUUUAAUUUUUGAAACAUUUCUGGUACACUAGAAAAUUAUAUGUGAAAAUGAUAUUUCAGACUCAAAGUUUGACAAUCUCACACUAAACUAGGAAAAGUGCCUAAAGAUUUACACAAUUGUUAAUGUUAUUUAUCCUCAGUGAAGAUUGAAGAAGAAUAUGAAGUAUACCAGUAUGGUUGGCAAAAAUUCAGUAACUUAACAUGUUACUUUGGGCAUCUGUGACUAAGUGGUUAACGUUUUUGAUUUCAAACCACUUGUCCCCUUAGCUGUUGUUACAAAUUUAUUUGGGGAAUUCAGGAUUCUUUCAUGUGAGAAAGCUAUCUAGCUGGCUCACGAAUGUCAGUUGUUCUACUCAGGUACCUGCUUAUGACUGAAAUGAUGGACAAAGGGGUACCUUUUAAGGUCUUCCUCCACCAGUAUAGUUAAGAAGUUGCUAUAUGACCUUUAUAGUGUCGGUGUAACAAACACCAACUUAAAAAGGGAAGAAAAAGAGAGGAAUUUUAAAGUCUGUGACUUUUCGGUUUUGUUAUGGUUGACUUUUAACCAUUUGAAAGCUAGUAGUUUUAUUAACUUGGCAAUACCUGCAGUAGGAAGCCUGGCCAGUAUUCUGUUGACUGCUUCAUACCAAAACCUCUUCCAUUAACUUACACUGUAUACUAUAUUUAAUACAAACACAAGUCCAUUAAAUUAAUUGAACAAAGGAAAGAAAACCAAAAAAAUAAACUAAUACCAAUAAACAGUAAGGUGUGUCAUUAAUGAUUUAACAGAAACAUCCUUUUCUCCUGCAACAAUUAAAUGUCAUUAUUAGAAAUGUUUAUGUGCAAUUCUGUUUGAAUCACCUCCCACCCCCAUACCAAAACAUCGAAUGCAUCUCCACCCUUGUAUGUAAAGAUUUCUGAUAAAGAUUUUGUACAGUUAUAUAAUAUUUUAGAUAGAAGUUCAUUGUCAUUACCCACAUGAUAUAUGUCAUAACUCGCCAGCUAUAUUAAGGAAAUUAUGUCCCAUCUUUUAACAUAGAAAAUUUGUGUUAUACUUGUGGCCCACUACCAACAUUGUACAAAUGUUUCAGACUGGUGCUUAACUAGGUCAAAAGAGCUAUGAUUAUGAAAGGACUAUAAAAAAUUCAUAUAUCUACCAAAGUAAUAUAAAUCUUGCCUUCAGGGUUAAAAUUGACCAACCCAGAGGUCACUUAAUUGCAUAAACUUUAAUUGACUAAAAACAUUAUGUUAUGUUAAUACUUAUUUUAUUUUUCUGUAUUCAAAUACAUUGUAUAAUGGAAAACACAUUUAGACCUUCAAUAUUUGGCAUGAAGCUUUACCCACUAGAUCUUUACCUUAAGUUAUACAAAUUAUGCCCCUGGUGUAAAAAAAUGCCCAGUCCUGUGGUCCCUGAAUGUGGUGGCUCAUGGCUUAAGAAUUAAAGCUGUGUGUAUUUAUCACAUUCAGUGAUAUUUGAAGUAUUUUAUUUGAUAAAGCAAUAUAUGUACUUUUUUCUAAAUUAAUGCUUAUCUUUACUUAACCUAAUUAAAUUCAUCAAGAGCAGUUUCCCCUAACAGGUUAUCUUUUGUACUAGAAAAGAUGGAUAAAUGUAGUGAUUAAUUUCAUUGUUAAUGUUGAUCAGUAUUUGUUUGUUGUUAAUUUAAAUGUUUAUAAACUACAUCAUAAAGUCUCAGUAUACUUGUAUGGUAGCUUGUCAGGUUAAAUGAGAUGCUAAUUUAUUUUGUUAUAUAUCCUUUAUUUGUUAUGUUUUUUUUUUCCAUUUGGAAAGUUAAUUACAGUGUUAAGAACAAAACCAAUGUUUGUAAUUAGCUGGUAGUAUCACAUAUGACGAAACCAAAAUUUUGAAUUAUUCUGAUAUGACCUUGACCUUAAAUUGACCUUCAAGGUUAAAUUAUUGAGAUUUCUUAUUAUAGCACUUGUUGCAAGUUGCUGUUCAUUUAAAGAUGACGAAGGUCAACUCAUCAUUUGAGUUUGACAUUAGCUGUGUGACAUAGGUCAACAGGAAUUAUCAAGGGCCUUUGGUCUCUGUACACAACUGUACUUUGCUUUAACUUUGUAAGAUCUCUUUAAUGGAUUUUAUAUUGUCAUAGACACAAUUCAACAAGAAGUUAACAUAUUUGAGGUAGCUGAUUAGGGAACCUUUAAAUGAGAUGUAUAUAUACUUGAUAGAUAUGGUGGUGCUAUCAUGUCAAAUGUCUUAAUUGUUUUACUUAUGGAAAGCCAGUUUUUCUACUCAUAAGUUUUUCUCAGAAUAAAUUCUUUUUUCUUUCUUUAUCUCAUGCUAUAUUUAUGUACUUAUAAGGAAUGUGUCCAAUUCUGUUCCUAUAAAACUACACACAAAUUAAAUGUUGGCACUAUCUGUUGUUAAAUUGUCAACUUAUAUUAACACUUUUAACCAUGCUUUCUGAUACUGGUUAUUAGAUUGGUAAAUAUUGCCUGGUAUGUACCAACAUUUCCAACAGAAUCUCAAGCAAACUUCCCAGAACUUUUGUCAUGAAGUGUAUUUGGCACAUAUUGUCAAGGUUUUGUUGUUUAAUCAAUUUAAGCAGAGUUAUGGCCCUUUGUUCUUUUUUUAUCAUACUUGUAUGUUAUAUAUAAAUACUCUUCCUCUAAAGAUUUUUACCAAACCGUUAUAGGGCUAUUGUCACUAAGUGUGUUGGUUCAUAGUGGACGACUUUUGAACUUUUGAGAUUUGACUAUUUUUGGCAAAAUUAUGUUUGUUUUUGUUUCUUUUUCAUAUAAAUUACAGUUGUAAGUAAUAGAGGAAUAGUCAUCUAUGCACAAGAUGCCUGACAUUUCUCAGGAGUAAACCUGGUUUGUUUUGACAAAAAUUUGGCUUGUUAUAUGAUAAUUGAUAAGAAAAAAUGUACACUUACCAGUGUAUGCUAAGUUAAGUAAAUAUAAGAGAGAGAAGAAUGUCUCUGAGUAAGAAAAAAAAAAAGAUUUUUAGCAGAUCAGUUUAUUUAUAACAUAAAACUUUAAAGCAUGUAAAAAUGUGUACUUAGUGUAGAGUUGAAAUUGUUAAGUUGUAUAUUUUAUUUGAAAUAUUUUGUUUAAUAUUAUUCACCUCACUAGUAAUAUAGGGCAUGUUAUUAUGUUUUCAUAACUCUAAUGUAACUGUGCAACAUGUCUUGCAUUGAUCAUUAACUGUUCCAGUUUUGUUAAUUAGAUUGCUUGUCUGUAAAUUUUUACAUAAUAUUUAACAGCGUUUAUGGGAGACGUUAUAUAUGAACUUGUUAGCAGGGUUUACAUUAAAUCAAAUUAUAAAGAAACGUUUUUGUGUACAUUUUAAAAAUCUGUAAUUAAUUGAAUAUUGUGUAAAGUCAUUUUCAAUGAAUGAAUAAAUCAAUUAUUUUAUUUGUUUGGUAAUUAUCAUUGAUACAUGUACAUAUAUUGAAUGACUGUGUUCUUGUACAUAUAUUAGAAGCUCUUAAAAUGAUUAUUAAGAAAAUUAAAGAUACUUUUAUGUGUUAUGGGACAUAUACUUUUAUGUCUCUGGUUGUUCGUCUGAUUUACAAAAUGUAUAAAUCAUGCUCUUUGGUUUGAAAGAGGCCCUGUCCUAGGGGCAACUUAGUUAACAUAAACCUGUAAAAAAUAUUAAUAAAGUCAUUGUUUGUCUUAAUCGGACAAAUUGUAAAAUUGGUCAUCAGAGGUCAAAAACUAGGUCAUAAGUAAAAAUCAAAGGAAAACUUUGUUACCAAAAUUUGUUUGAAUCUGUUUAUUACCUCUAUAUAAAGUAGGAAUAUAGGUUAUUUGGCUCAAAAACUAGUUUACUCUUACAAAUUACAGGAUUAUGCAUUUCAUCAUUUAUGCUCACACUUUGUUGAGCAUGAGAUUAAAAGUAGUUUCUGUUAUCAUCCAGGUUUGAAUAGCAAAAAUAAAGAAUAAUGAUUAAUUAAUUAUUUGUAAAAUUGAUUUUUAUUGUUAAAUAUGUUGCUCACUUUGAUAUUUUAAAUCAUUUUUCUCACUACUAUUUUAUAAGAUGUCAUUUAACAAUUUAUUUAAACUAUUUAAAACACGGUUUUAAUUUUACAUGGUUUUAGACAACAGUUUUCAGUUUAUCUCAUUGAAGUGUUGGUGUGUUUUUUUCUAAGUAUCUUGAAGAAAUAUGUUACUAAGGUAUACAAAUCACAAGGUGCUCAAAGAUGAGCUUAUGUGAUAGCAUAAUGUUUGUUUGACCUUGACUGUCAAGGUCAAAUUAGUGAAGUUUGAUUAAAUUGUUGUGACUUUAUUAUUUAUUUACAGAUUUGAUUCAUACUGGGACAAAAAUACAUGACAAAAUUCAAAUGUGACCUUGACCUUUAAUUGACAUUAACUGUCAAGGUCAAAAAUGAAAUUUGAAUUUUAUUUGUUACAAAAAUCAUGUUUUGUAAGAGUAUUAAAAUAUCUGUGUUUGAAAGUUCAUGCCCAAGAGCAUAAAACAUUAAUUAAUUGAUCUUUAUAAAAAACAACAUAAAAUAUGUCCAGUGCAAACUUUGUACAACCUUAUGGGCUAGACCUUUAUACCUGCUAUAAGACAUUACACAAAACACAAAAAUUUUAAAUGAUUUUAUUUUGUUCUUUGUACAAGUUUUAAAUGGGAGCUUUUAUAUAUAAUAAUGUUUUAGUACAUGAAGGUUUUUCACUUGUAUAGUAUAUCAUUGUGUCACCUAUGUUUGACCCUAAUAUUGCAAUAUGGUUAUAUUUUGUUUUGUAAAUACUCUUUAUUAUGAGAUGAAAAUAGUUAGUGACAUUGUAAUGUUUACAUUAUUCGUAUUAAAACUAAAGAUUUUGAAAACUU